CUCCUCUUCUCCCCCUUGUUUCUUUGUUCCCAGCACUUGAAACAAAAAAAUGCAACAAAAUUAAGAGGAACUAUAGCAGAAAAAGUAGAAAAGUUAAUAGCCAACACAACAAAAGCAAGAAAAAAUGCACACUCACUUGAUUCUAGUGCUCUUCUUGUACUGUUGCAUUGGCUUCUCUGUUACUUUUUCUGAGCGAGCUCAAGCUCAAGCUGCAUCAGAUGAUGAAUUGUCCACUCUGCUAGCGAUGAAGUCGAGUCUCGUUGAUUCGAGGAAUCAUCUGAAGGAUUGGCAGAUACCAAGCAAUGCAACACAGUCUGCAGCAAGUUCAAUAAUACAUUGUAAUUGGACUGGAGUUUUUUGCAACUCUAGAGGCUUGGUAGAAGGUCUUGAUCUCUCCAACAUGAAUCUUAGCGGCCGUGUAUCGGAUGGAAUCCAAUUCCUUUCAAGCUUGUCUUAUUUCAACAUAAGCUGCAACAGUUUCGCUACAUCAUUGCCAAAGUCACUGUCCAACCUCACCUCAAUGAAGACCUUUGAUGUGAGCCAGAACUUCUUCACUGGCAGCUUUCCCAGUGGUCUUGGAAGAGCUGCAGAAUUGAGAUCAAUUAAUGCGUCAAGCAAUGACUUCUCAGGGCUUCUUCCUGAGGAUAUUGGAAACGCGACAAUGCUCGAGAGCCUCGACUUUCGCGGGAGCUACUUUGUAAGUCCAAUUCCCAAGAGUUUCACAAAUUUGCAGAAGCUCAAAUUUCUUGGCCUUUCAGGCAAUAACUUCAAAGGGGAGAUUCCGGAUUAUCUCGGUGAACUUUCUUCUCUGGAGACAUUAAUUAUGGGAUACAAUGAGUUCAAAGGUGAGAUCCCAGCGGAGUUUGGGAAUCUGACCAAUCUUCAAUACCUUGAUUUGGCUGUAGGCACUCUCAGUGGACAAAUACCACCUGAAUUGGGUAAGCUGAAAAAUCUUACGACAGUUUACUUAUACAGAAACAACUUCACUGGAAAAAUUCCGCCUCAACUUGGCAGCAUAAUGUCACUAGCAUUUUUGGAUCUAUCUGACAAUCAAAUCUCAGGAGAGAUUCCAGAAGAACUUACUAAUUUGGAAAAGCUGCAGCUUCUGAAUUUGAUGAGCAAUAAAGUUACUGGUCUAGUACCGAAUAAGCUUGGCGAAUUGAAGAAUUUGCAGGUGCUUGAGUUGUGGAAGAAUUCUUUAGAAGGUCCUUUGCCUGUUAACCUUGGAAAGAACUCUCCAUUGCAGUGGUUGGAUGUGUCCUCUAACUCGUUAUCUGGGGAGAUCCCACCAGGUUUGUGUACUACAGGCAAUCUCACAAAACUAAUCCUCUUCAACAAUUCCUUCUCUGGUCCCAUUCCAACUGGACUUCCAAAUUGUUUGUCCUUGGUUCGUGUUCGGGUUCAGAACAAUCUUAUUUCCGGGACUAUUCCGGUCGGCUUUGGAAACCUUCCGGCCCUUCAACGGCUGGAGUUGGCAAAGAACAAUCUCACUGGCCAAAUUCCUAUAGACAUUACCUUAUCCUCAUCUCUCUCUUUCAUUGAUGUAUCAUGGAACCACCUUCAAUCUUCUCUACCUUCUGAGAUUCUCUCUAUUCCAACCCUUCAAACCUUCAUUGCCUCUCACAACAGCUUCAGAGGCAAUUUCCCAGAUGAGUUUCAGGACUGUCCCUCUCUCUCUGUUUUGGAUCUUUCAAACACCGAACUCUCUGGAAAAAUCCCAGAAAGUAUUGCUUCGUGUCAAAGAUUGGUGAACCUUAACCUUAGAAACAACCAAUUGACAGGUGGAAUCCCCAAAUCAAUCACAAACAUGCCAACCUUAUCUGUUCUUGAUCUGUCCAACAAUUCACUCACAGGUGAAAUACCUGAAAACUUCGGCAUUUCCCCGGCCCUCGAAACGCUGAACCUCUCCUACAACAAGCUCGAGGGUCCAGUACCAUCAAAUGGCAUCUUAAUGUCCAUAAAUCCUAAUGAUCUUGUAGGCAACCCUGGUCUCUGUGGCAGCAGCAUUCUCCCUCCAUGUUCUCAGAAUUUCACUGUCACAACCCAUCAAAAACCUGGCAAGCACACCAAACACAUCAUCAUCGGUUUCUUGACCGGCAUUUCAGUGAUCAUUUCCAUUGCUGCAGCAUACUUAGCUGGCAGAUUUAUAUACAACAGAACCUACUUGUACAACAAUUUCAUCCAUGAUUGGUUCAAAAGUAGCAAUGAAGAUUGGCCAUGGAGACUAGUAGCAUUCCAAAGGGUGAGUUUCACAAGCACCGAGAUCCUAACUUGCAUAAAGGAGUCAAAUGUCAUAGGAAUGGGAGCCACCGGCAUUGUUUACAAAGCCGAAAUCCAUAACAGACCGCACAUGACAGUCGCUGUUAAGAAGCUCUGGAGAUCAGGAUCAGACAUAGAGAAUGGCUACAGUGAUGUGGUAAGAGAAGUGGAGCUCUUAGGGAAACUAAGGCACAGGAACAUUGUGAGACUAUUGGGGUAUGUGCAUAAUGAGAGAGAUGUUAUAAUGGUUUAUGAGUACAUGGCUAAUGGGAACUUGGGGAACGCACUGCAUAGUGGUGAACAAUGUGAGAGGUUGCUUGUGGAUUGGGUUUCAAGGUACAACAUUGCUCUUGGUGUUGCUCAAGGGCUUCACUAUCUUCACCAUGAUUGCCAUCCACCUGUUAUUCAUAGGGAUAUUAAGUCCAAUAAUAUACUUCUUGAUGCAAAUUUGGAGGCGCGGAUCGCGGAUUUCGGCUUGGCGAAGAUGAUGAUCCAUAAGAAUGAGACUGUUUCAAUCGUGGCUGGAUCAUAUGGUUACAUUGCACCAGAAUAUGGAUAUACCCUGAAGGUGGACGAGAAGAUUGAUAUAUAUAGUUAUGGUGUGGUGCUUUUGGAGCUAGUAACUGGAAAAAUGCCAUUAGACCCUUCGUUUGGAGAAUAUGUGGACAUAGUGGAGUGGAUAAGAAACAAGAGGAGCAACAAAGCACUGGAAGAAGCACUAGACCCAAGCAUAGCUGGUCAGUGCAAGCACGUCCAAGAAGAGAUGCUUCUUGUGCUGAGAAUAGCACUCCUAUGCACUGUGAAGCUUCCCAAGGAAAGGCCAUCCGUGAAGGAUGUUAUCACAAUGCUCGGA